AUGCCUGGUGGGUAUAAAGGAGAAUGUGGGGACGACGUGGACCCCAUGCCUUUCCUGGCUCCGACGGAGAAAGAGAAGAUCGAGGCGAUAAGCAAGCCCUAUGAUAUAAAGAAGUCCUGUUGGGUCAAGGACGAAAAGGAGGGCUUCAUUGCUGGAGAGAUCCAGUCGGAGGCGGAUAACCAAGUCACCGUGAAGACGGUCACCAAUCAGACCGUCACCGUUAAGAAGGACGAUGUCCACCAGAUGAACCCACCCAAGUUCUACCAGGUGGAAGACAUGGCCAACAUGACCUUCCUGAACGAACCGAGUGUCUUGGACAAUCUCAAGCAACGUUACGUCAUGAUGAGGAUCUACACCUAUUCUGGGCUCUUCUGUGUCACCAUCAACCCCUAUAAAUGGCUGCCCAUCUAUGGUGCUCGAGUGGCCAACAUGUACAAGGGCAGGAAGCGCACUGAGGUGCCCCCUCACCUCUUCUCUAUCUCUGACAUCGCCUACCAUGACAUGCUUAUGGAACGUGAAAACCAGUCUAUGCUGAUCACCGGAGAAUCCGGAGCCGGCAAGACAGAGAACACGAAGAAAGUCAUCCAAUAUUUUGCCAACAUCGGCAGUACUGGCAAAGUCGCUGCUGAUGGGAAGGGCUCCCUGGAAGAUCAAAUCAUCCAGGCCAACCCUGUGCUAGAAGCUUUCGGAAAUGCCAAAACAACGAGGAACAAUAAUUCUUCUCGCUUUGGUAAAUUCAUCCGAAUCCACUUCGGCAGCACUGGGAAGCUGGCUGGGGCUGACAUUGAGAGCUAUCUCCUAGAGAAGUCUCGCGUCAUUUCUCAGCAGCCUGCUGAAAGGGGCUACCACAUUUUCUACCAGCUCCUGUCUAACAAGAAGCCAGAACUUGUAGAGACUUUACUUUGCGUGCCGGAUCCUAAGGAAUACCACUGGACAAGUCAGGGGGUGACCACGGUCGACAACAUGGACGACGGGGAAGAACUGCUUCUCACGGAUGUGGCCUUUGACGUCCUGGGCUUCACUACAGAAGAGAAGAUCAGCGUCUACAAGCUCACCGGGGGCAUCAUGCACUUUGGCAAUAUGAAAUUCAAGCAGAAGCCAAGAGAGGAGCAAGCAGAAGUGGACACCACUGAGGUGGCUGACAAAGUUGCCCACCUCAUGAAUCUCAACUCCGGGGAGCUCCAGAAGGGCAUCACCCGGCCCCGGGUCAAAGUGGGGAACGAGUUUGUCCAGAAAGGGCAGAACAUGGACCAGUGCCACAACUCCGUUGGCGCCCUAGGCAAAGCCGUCUACGACAAGAUGUUCAAGUGGCUGGUGGUCCGGAUCAACAAGACGCUGGACACCAAGAUGCAGAGGCAGUUCUUCAUCGGGGUUCUGGAUAUCGCCGGCUUUGAAAUCUUUGAGUUCAAUAGCUUUGAGCAGCUCUGCAUCAACUUCACCAAUGAGAAGCUUCAGCAAUUCUUCAACCACCACAUGUUCGUGCUGGAGCAAGAGGAAUACAAGAGAGAAGGCAUUGACUGGGUGUUCAUUGACUUCGGUCUUGAUCUUCAGGCUUGCAUUGAACUCCUGGAAAAGCCCAUGGGCAUUUUCUCCAUCCUUGAAGAGCAGUGUGUGUUCCCCAAGGCCACCGAUGCAACUUUCAAAGCAGCCCUCUAUGACAAUCAUUUGGGCAAAUCUCCCAACUUCUUGAAGCCCAAAGGCGGCAAGGGGAAAGGGGCGGAAGCUCACUUUGAGUUGGUGCAUUACGCUGGCACAGUGGGCUACAAUAUUACUGGAUGGCUGGAGAAAAACAAGGACCCCCUCAAUGAAACAGUGGUGGGCUUGUUUCAGAAGUCUGGGAUGCCUCUGCUUUGCACCCUUUUCAAAGAAGAGGAGCCUACUGCAGGAACAAAGAAGCAGAAGAGGGGGUCUUCCUUUAUGACCGUCUCCAACUUCUACAGGGAACAGCUGAACAAGCUGAUGGCUACCUUGCACAGCACGGCCCCGCAUUUUGUCCGCUGCAUUGUUCCCAAUGAAUUCAAGCAGUCUGGUGUCGUUGAUGCUCACUUGAUCCUGCAUCAGCUGGCUUGCAACGGAGUGCUGGAAGGCAUCCGUAUUUGCAGGAAGGGUUUCCCUAACAGGCUGCAGUAUCCUGAGUUCAAGCAGAGAUACCAGGUGCUGAAUCCCAACGUGAUCCCUCAAGGAUUCGUGGACAAUAAGAAAGCCUCAGAAUUGUUACUGGGAAGUCUUGACUUGGGAGAAAAUGAAUACAAAAUUGGACAUACUAAGGUCUUCUUCCGCGCUGGAGUCUUAGCCAAGCUGGAAGACAUGCGAGACGAGCGCUUGGCCAAGAUCAUGACCAUGUUGCAGUGCCGGGCCCGGGGCUUCCUGAUGAGGAUCGAAUAUAAAAAGAUGCUGGACAGAAAGGUGGGCCUGAUGCUUAUCCAGAGAAAUGUUCGCAAGUUUUUGCAGAUGCGGUACUGGGGCUGGUGGAAGCUGUACAAUAAGGUGAAGCCUUUGCUGAAUGUGGCCCGGCAAGAGGAGGAGAUGAAGGCGAAGGAGGAAGAGCUGAGGAGCGCCCUGUCGAAGACUCAGGAAAUGAUGGACCGGAUCAAAGAGCUGGAAGAGACGAUGGCCACCCUCAGCCAGGAGAAGAACGACUUGACCAUCCAGCUUCAGGCUGAGCAAGAGAACCUGUCCGAUGCCGAGGAGCGCCUGACCCAGAUGAUGAAGGCCAAGAUGGACCUGGAGAGCCAGGUGGCGGACAUGAGAGAGCGCUUAGAGGAGGAGGAAGGGGCGGCUGCAUCUCUGGGCGCCAGCAAGCGCAAGCUGGAAGGGGAGCUCUCCGACCUGAAGCGGGACCUUGAGGGGCUAGAGAGCACCCUCGCCAAGACGGAGAAAGAGAAGCAGGCUCUGGAUCACAGGGUGCGGACCCUGACGAGCGACCUCUCGGCCCGGGAGGACACGGUGGCUAAACUCCAGAAGGAGAAGCGGGCUCUGGAAGAACUGCACCAGAAAACUCUUGAUGACCUUCAAGCUGAGGAGGACAAAGUGAAUCACCUCACGAAAAACAACAGUAAGCUGAGCACUCAGAUCCAUGAGCUGGAGGACAACUGGGAGCAAGAAAAGAAAAUCCGGGCGGAAGUGGAGAAGGCGCGCCGUAAAGCGGAGGGGGAUUUGAAGAUGACAAUUGAAAAUCUCAACGAGAUGGAAAGAGCCAAACUCGACUUGGAGGAGGUGGUGAAGAAGCGAGACAUGGAGAUGAAUUCUCUCAACUCUAAAAUAGAGGAUGAGCAAUCGCUGAACUCCACGCUACAGAGAAAGCUGAAGGAGCAUCAGGCCCGGAUUGAAGAACUGGAGGAAGAGCUUGAAUCUGAGCGGUCUAUAAGGGCAAAGGUGGAGAAGCAGCGCAGUGAUCUCUCCCGCGAACUGGAAGAGCUCUCGGACAGGCUGGAAGAGGCUGGGGGAGCCACUACUGCUCAGAUUGAGCAGAACCGCAAGCGGGAGGCGGAGCUGCUGAAGCUGCGCCGGGAACUGGAGGAGGCCGCCUUGCAGAGCGAGGCCACCGCCUCCACCUUGCGCAAGAAGCACACGGACGCCAUGGCCGAGAUGACGGAGCACCUGGAGAAUCUGCAGAGGGUGAAAUCCAAGCUGGAAAAGGAUAAGCAGGUCAUGAAGGCGGAGAUCGAGGAUCUCAGCGCCAGCAUGGAGACGAUCCAGAAAUCCAAGUUGAACGCCGAGGCUCACGUCCGGAAACUGGAAGACAACCUGGCCGAAGCCAACGCUCGGCUGGCCGAGGUAGAGAAGAACCAAGCAGAGAUCAACGCCAUCAGAACCAGGCUCCAAGCGGAGAACAGCGAGCUGAGCCGAGAACACGAGGAGAGCAACACGAGAUUGAACCAGGUCCUGCGGGUCAAGACCUCCCUCACCUCCCAGGUGGAUGACUUCAAGAGGCAACUGGACGAAGAGUCAAAGGCCCGCAGUGCCGCGGUGGUCAGCUUGGCCAACACCAAACAUGACCUGGACCUCAUCAAAGAACAGCUGGAGGAAGAGCAAACCGCGAAAAACGAACUCCAGCGCCUGGUUUCCAAACUCAACACCGAAGUCACCACCUGGAGGACCAAAUAUGAGACGGACGCCAUUCAGAGAACCGAGGAGCUGGAAGAGACAAAGAGGAAGUUGACUGCCCGGCUCCAGGAAGCGGAGGAGACCGCCGAAGCAGCUCAAGCUCGCGUGGCCAGCAUGGAGAAGACCAAGCAGAGGCUCCAGAUGGAAGUGGAAGACCUCACUCUAGAUCUAGAGAAGGCUAACGCCGCCUGCGCAGCCCUGGAUAAGAAGCAGCGGGCCUUUGACAAGAUGCUCGCCGAGUGGCAGCAGAAGUGUGAGGAGCUGCAGCUGGAGGUGGACAACUCCCAGAAGGAGUGCCGCAUGUACAUGACGGAGAACUUCAAGCUCAAGACGGCCUACGAGGAAGCUCUGGAGCACCUGGAAUCCGUCAAGAAGGAGAACAAGACCCUUCAGGAGGAGAUCAAAGAUCUUGUUGACCAGCUGGGCGAAGGCGGGAGGAGCGUCCACGAGCUGCAGAAGUUAAAGAAGAAGCUGGAGGUGGAGAAGGACGAGCUGCAGAUGGCUCUGGAGGAAGCCGAGGCUUCCCUUGAGGUGGAGGAAAGCAAACUCAUCCGCCUGCAGCUAGAGUUAGCCCAAGUCAAAGCUGACAUUGACCGGAGGAUCCAUGAGAAGGAGGAAGAGUUUGAAGCCACCAGGAAAAACCACCAGCGGGCGAUUGAGUCCCUCCAGUCCAGCCUAGAGCUGGAGGCGAAAGGACGGGCCGAGGCGCUCCGUCUGAAGAAGAAGAUGGAGACGGACCUGAACGAAAUGGAGAUUCAGCUGGACCAUGCCAAUAAGAACAACAGCGAGCUGGUCAAGACCCUGAAGAAGCUCCAGCAGCAGAUCAAAGAUCUCCAGAUUCAGAUGGACGAAGACGCUCGUCAGCACGAGGAGCUCCGUGAGCAGUACAACCUGCAGGAGCGCCGCCUGAGCCUCCUCCAGACUGAACUGGACGAAGUGCGCACAGGCCUGGAGGGCAGCGAGCGCUCACGCAAACUCCUUGAGCAGGAGCUGAUGGAGGUCUCCGAACGGCACAACGAACUGAAUGUCCAGAACCAAAGCCUGCUGGUGAUCAAGCGCAAACUGGAAUCAGAUCUGGUGCGUAUCACUAACGAGCACGAGGAGCUAAUCAGCGAGUUCCGGACUGCGGACGAGAAAGCCAAGAAGGCGGUGGCUGAUGCAACCCGUAUGGCGGAAGAGCUGCGCCAAGAACAGGAUCACUGCAUGCACCUGGAGAAGAUUAAGAAGAACUACGAGGUCACCAUCAAAGACCUGCAGAUCAAGAUGGAAGAAGCAGAGCAGCUGGCCCUGAAAGGAGGGAAACGCACCAUCAUGAAACUUGAAACCAGAAUUAAGGAGCUGGAGACAGACCUGGACUCUGAGCAGAAGCGCCACGUGGAGACGGUGAAAGUCCUGCAGAAGAACGAGCGGCGCCUGAAAGAGCUGGUCUUUCAAACAGAGGAGGACCACAAGACCAACCAACGCAUGCAGGAGCUGGUGGAGAAGCUGCAGAGCAAGCUGAAGACAUACAAGAGACAAAUCGAAGAAGCUGAGGAACAGGCUAACCAGAGCCUUGCCAAAUACCGGAAGACUGUGCAUGAGCUGGAUGAUGCCGAGGAGAGAGCCGGGAUGGCUGAGUCAGCUCUCAACAAGCUACGUACCAGGCACCGGGUUGCAGCUGGCAAAGCAGUCACCUCUGUGGAGAUUAUCCAGGUGUCCAAAUCAGCCAGUUCCAAGUCUGUGGCAGAGGAAUAGAGCCUUCCUCGCCAAACCUGCAGCUGGCUGAUGGGCAAAGCAUCUUCAGGCAGCUGCCCUCUUGGGAAAUUGCUACAAGUAGUGCUAAUUGGAGCAGCUUCAAGCCUACAGAGAAAGAGACCUGCAUCAUAGAAAGAGGAAGGUGGGCGUGACGAGCAACCUUGAGUGUCGGCAGGAGAGACGUGGGCAGCAUCUUCUGAGUAUCCGCAUCAUGCCAGGAACUUGAAUCCUGGUGUUUCCUUUCAAUUUUACAUUUUACUUUCCUGGGAAGGAUAUCUCGAAAUAAUGAUUUGUGAGUUGGAGGUAGUCGGAUUUUAAUGCAUUUUCAUGUCAAGGAUGGAAAAUGUGAACAAAGGUGUGGCUUGAGCUGUCUCUUGUAAAUACUUUGCACAACACAAAUAGUCUUAACGCUUAGUCUUAAUAAAGCUUGGU